UAUUAUUUUACAGGUUUUCUUCUUUAAAAAUAAAAAUAAAAUCCUCGAAGAUGUUGGAGAAGAAGAUGGAGGAAUUCGAUGGGACGAAAGUGAUACAGGAAUUCGAAGCGGUGACGAAGGAAGCAGGGAAAGUUCAGAUCGAGACGCUUCGGAAGAUUCUAGAAGAGAACGCGGGGGCAGAGUACCUUCAGAAAUUGGGUCUAGAUGGAAGAACAGACGUGGAGAGCUUCAAAUCAUGUGUCCCUCUGGUCACUCAUAAGGAUUUGGAGCCUUAUAUUCAGCGAAUUGCCGACGGUGACAAGUCGGCGGUCCUCACCGGCAAGCCCAUCACCGCCAUAUCACUGAGUUCGGGGACUACGCAAGGGAAGCCGAAGUUCGUGCCAUUCAAUGAGGAGUUGUUGAGGUCAACAAUGCAGAUUUACCGCACUUCGUUCGCUUUUAGAAACAGAGACUUCCCGAUAGGGAAGGGGAAGGCCCUGCAGUUCAUAUACAGCGGCAGGCUGUUCAAAACUGGAGGGGGUCUUGCUGCCAGCACUGCCACCACGAGUAUCUUCCGCAGCGAGCUGUUCAAGAACACGAUGAAGGACAUACAGUCCCAGUGUGUUAGCCCUGAGGAAGUCAUAUUCGGGCCUGACUUCCACCAGUCAUUGUAUUGCCACCUUUUGUGUGGGCUGAUCUACCGGGAGGAUGUCCAGUUCGUGUCAUCCACCUUCGCCCACAGUAUUGUCUGUGCGUUUCGGACCUUUGAGCUGGUCUGGGAAGAAAUCUGUACUGAUAUAAGAGAGGGCGUUCUCAACAGCAAUGUUACCACUCCAUCCAUACGCAGCGCCAUGUCUAAGAUCCUUAAGCCAAACCCUGAAUUGGCGGAUUCUAUAUAUAGGAAAUGCUCAGGGUUGACUAACUGGUAUGGAUUGAUCCCGGAGCUCUGGCCGAAUGCCAAGUACGUGUAUGGUAUUAUGACUGGAUCAAUGUUGCCAUAUCUGAAGAAACUGAGGCAUUAUGCGGGAAGCUUGCCGCUCUUGAGCUCCGAUUAUGGGUCGUCGGAAGGAUGGAUUGGCGCGAACGUCAACCCAACAUUGCCUCCUGAGUUGGUGACUUAUGCUGUGUUUCCUGAUAUUGGGUACUUUGAAUUUAUCCCGCUGAGAGAAACAUUUGAGGAGCAGCAACUCGAGAAGACUGCGUCUACCGUCCUCUAUAUGGAAUCGGAGCCGGUUGGUCUUACGGAAGUUAAGGUUGGGGAAGAGUAUGAAAUCAUAGUCACGAAUUUUGCUGGUCUAUAUAGGUACAGGCUAGGAGAUGUGGUGAAGGUAAUGGGAUUUCACAACUCGACGCCUGAGCUGCAAUUUGUGUGCCGGAGGAGUCUGCUACUGACCAUCAACAUAGACAAAAACACCGAGAAAGACUUGCAGUUAGCAGUGGAAGCGGCAAUGAAGCUACUAGCAGAAGAAAAGAUCGAAGUCAUUGACUACACAAGCCAUGUGGACAUGACGUCAGACCCAGGCCACUAUGUGAUCUACUGGGAGCUGAGUGAAGAGGCAAAUGAUGCUGUCUUGAGUGAUUGCUGCAAUUGCUUGGACCGAUCAUUCGUCGAUGCAGGAUACGUUAGUUCUCGGAAGGUAAAGGCAAUCGGGGCCCUUGAGCUUCGACUCAUCCGUAGGGGAACCUUCCAGAAGAUUCUAGAUCACUACCUGGGCCUAGGGGGUGCGGUCGGCCAGUUCAAGACGCCCCGCUGCAUUGGGGCCUCCAACUCUGGAGUGUUGCAGAUCUUGUCAAACAGUGUUGUUAAGAGCUAUUUCAGCACUGUAUUUGGUUAAUGUGGGAUUAGACUUGUCCUGUAAUAAUGUUUUUUAGUUCCA